UUCUCUUGCAGAAUUGAUUACCUUCAUAAACCUUGCUCUGAAACCCAGAAGAUAACACAACGCAAAGAAUCCCUUUCCACAAGAAUCUACCAGUUAUUGAAAAUCGAUGGUUUUUAUUGAGAACUCCCUUCGAAUCAAAUCAGUUGGAAUACAAUGUCGGUGACUGUGCACACAAACCUAGGUGACAUCAAGUGCGAAAUCUUCUGCGACGAGAUUCCCAAAACCUCCGAGAACUUUUUGGCGCUGUGUGGAAGUGGUUACUAUGAUGGGACUAUAUUUCACCGCAACAUUAAGGGUUUUAUGAUUCAAGGUGGAGAUCCCACUGGAACUGGCAAAGGGGGAACCAGUAUAUGGGGCAAGAAAUUUAAUGAUGAGAUACGAGAAUCACUGAAGCAUAAUGCAAGGGGAAUAUUGGCAAUGGCUAACAGUGGUCCAAAUACUAACGGAAGUCAGUUCUUCAUAACUUACGCAAAGCAGCCACAUUUAAAUGGGCUAUACACUGUGUUUGGAAGAGUAAUUCAUGGAUUUGAAGUUCUUGAUCUCAUGGAAAAGACUGAAACUGGAGCAGGAGAUCGACCACUUGCAGAGAUAAGGCUCAAUCGUGUAACAAUACAUGCUAAUCCUCUUGCUGGUUAAUUUUAGUCUCAACAGUUUUUCCUUUUGUAAAAUCUAAAUUUAGGAGAGGGGAAUUAUUCUUAAGACUGAUUUGAGUGUCUGUUCAUGCUUACCCACUUCCAAUUCAAAGAAGCAUUUUGAGAAAGUAGUAAAAAUGUAUAUUGAAUU